GCCUCCAGACCCGGGCUAUUUUAAGCACAGAUGUUUCCAUUCAUAAGCCUAGGAAGUCCAAGGAGGGAGAAGCUAUCCUGGCCCCUAGCAAGCUUCCUACUCCCUGCAUGUGACUUUCAUCUCCCCCAGGGGAGGGGGCUGGGGUAGGGCAGGUCUGGAGAGCUGGGAGACAUCAUUCUGGCCCCCUCUAUACCCCUCCCUUCCUCCCUUUCUCUGUCCAUUGGGAGGCAGAAGACAGGAAAUGACUGCCAUGGAUGUGGUAUGAUUUUUACCAAAACAGCAUUUUGCAGCUCAGGCCCGUGCUGUUUGCAGCUGUUUUCCUCUAAUACUAGCCAGGUGGCCGCCUCCUAUGUUCCCCUCCCCAUCCCUUCGUAUGACUUCAGCCUUCAGAUUCUAAGCGCCUGGCUGCUUUCCACAUUCCAUUCCCCUCCAGAACCCAGGCAUCCUGGGCUCCAGCUGAAACCAUUGCAUGUGGUUUUCCCGAUCCCUGGCCCCGUGACUCAGUCCCUCUGAAGGGAGCAGCCCUCUUUUUUGGCAAUCACCGGGGAGGUGGGGGGAGGAGGAGGGGAGCUAGGUGGUGACAUCACAGUCAAAGGUUAUAAAAGCUUCCAGCCAAACAGCAUUGAAGUUGAAGAUAGAACCUGACAGCACAGCCUGAGAUCUUGGGGAUCAGCUUAACACCCACAGACAUCGGCUGGUGGAUUCCCGCUGCAUCAAGGCCUACCCACUGUCUCCAUGCUGGGCUCUCCCUGCCUUCUGUGGCUCCUGGCCGUGACCUUCUUGGUUCCCAGAGCUCAGCCCUUGGCCCCUCAAGACUUUGAAGAAGAGGAAGAAGAUGAGACUGAGACGGUGUGGCCGCCUUUGCCGGCUGUCCCCUGCGACUACGACCACUGCCGACACCUGCAGGUGCCCUGUAAGGAGCUACAGAGGGCCGGGCCGGCGGCCUGCCUGUGCCCAGGACUCUCCAGCCCUGCCCAGCCGCCCGACCCGCCGCGCAUGGGAGAAGUGAGCAUUGUGGCCGAAGAGGGCCGCGCAGUGGUCCACUGGUGUGCCCCCUUCUCCCCGGUCCUCCACUACUGGCUGCUGCUUUGGGACGGCAGCGAGGCUGCGCAGAAGGGGCCCCCGCUGAACGCUACGGUCCGCAGAGCCGAACUGAAGGGGCUGAAGCCAGGGGGCGUUUAUGUCGUUUGCGUGGUGGCCGCUAACGAGGCCGGGGCAAGCCGCGUGCCUGAGGCUGGAAGAGAGGGCCUCGAGGGGGCCGACAUCCCUGCCUUCGGGCCUUGCAGCCGCUUUGCGGUGCCGCCCAACCCCCGCACUCUGGUCCACGCUGCCGUCGGGGUGGGCACGGCCCUGGCCCUGCUGAGCUGUGCCGCCCUGGUGUGGCACUUCUGCCUACGCGAUCGCUGGGGCUGCCCGCGCCGAGCCGUCGCCCGAGCAGCAGGGGCGCUCUGAAAGGGGCCUGGGGGCAUCUCGGGCACAGCCAGCCCCACCUGGGGCGCUCAGCCCGGCCCCUGGAAAGAGGGGAACCCGCUGCCUCCAGGGAGGGCUGGACGGCAAGCUGGGAGCCAGCCCCAGGCUCUAGAGCCACAGCAGAGUCAUGGUUCUCUGGGCUGAGCGCUUGUUUAGGUCCGGGACUUGGCGUUUUGUUUCCUGGCUGAGGUCUGGGAAAGAAUAGAAAGGGGCCCCCAUUUUUUUUUUUUUUUAACGGUCAGAUAGUAAAUAAUGUAACCUUUGCGGUUUAAGAGGAUAAAAUGGAGAAUAUUAUGUGGGUAUUUAUAUGACCUUUGUAACCAUUUAAAAAGGAAAAACCACCCGACAUAGUAAUGAGAACCUAGAGUAGCAGCUACUCCGGAAGCUGAAAUGGGAGGAUCUCUUGAGCCCAGGAGUUUGAGUCCAGUCCAGCCAGGGCAACACAGCCAGAUGCCCUUGUGUUUUGUUUUGUUUUGUUUUUUGAGAAGAAGUCUCCCUCUGUCACACAGGGUGGAGUGCAAUGACACAAUAUAUGUUGGUUCACUGCAACCUCCACCUCCUAGGUUCAAGUGAUUCUCCCGUCUCAGCAUCCUAAGUAGUUGGGGUUACAGGUGCCCACGACCAUGCCCGGCUAAUUAUUGUGUUUUUUUAGUAGAGAUGAGUUUUCACCAUGUUGGUCAGCCUGGUCUCAAACUCCUGACCUCAGGUACUCCACCCACCUUGGCCUCCCAAAGUGCUGGGAUUACAGGCGUGAGCCACAGUGCCCAGGCAGAUCCCCUUCUUUAAAGAUGUAAAAUCAUUCUUAGUCCGUGGGCCUAACAAAUCAGGUCACUGGCCCAUUGCUUGUAGUUGAUCCAUAUCAUGCACCCUCAAAAUAGCUCUGUCAAUGAGUGUCUUCAGUGGGAUUCUGAGAAUAAAUUUAUAUUCUUGCUAGGUAGAACAAAACAAAAACGACAGUAAUACCAAGGAAUUUCUCAUCCCUUUUUUCACUCCAUUUGUAUUUAUUGCAUAUCCACUGUAAAAACAUUAAAGGAUCUUUAAAAGAAAGUAA